AUGGGAAAUUUGAUGGAGAGGGGUCAACUCUACACGCACCCACAAAUAUGUAAGCAUGUUUCUCCUUCAAUAGGCUCCAAUCUUGCUGAAUUAGUUGCGAUUGGAAAAGCCUUGGAAAUUUCAGCACAUAAAAAGUCCUUUAUGGGUGAAUCAGAUUCAGCAAGGAGGCAAAAAAGCCAAUUACUUGGGGCCAAAAGAACAAAAGCAGAUAUAAACCAACACAAGAAGCAAGAAAAGCCAAACAAAAUUAACGCAGCAGCAGGAGGAAAGAAAUACAGGAGAGUAAAGAGCCCAAAAGCUCAACCCAGCUCAUCCCGGCCCAUAAGGCAACUCAAUCCAAAUUCUAGAACUAUAUAUAUUGUUGAUGUUCUAGAGAUAUCAAAGCUGAAUUGUGCAACAGCAAGAUGGGUAUGGAAUGUUGAAAAGUCAGAGGAACUUUUAUACAAGAAUUCAUAG